AUGCUUUCAAAGAGAAAUCCUCCCCAAACUCCCUCCGGGGCUUUUACUCGCUAUCGAGCUGCGAAAGCUUCUUUGUCGGCGAGUAAACCGCGUCGCAACUUGAAUAUCAGGGACAGAUCCAGAUCAAACUCCAGCAAUUCCAAACGUAUAGAGAUAGAGCCUCGACAGAAGCCGACUUAUCCACCAGAUGUAUCUUCUCCAACCCCAUCAUCAUCCCCAAUCGUCCUCCUCCACGUCGGACCCUCAAACCGCCUCUUCGCGGCGCACGAGACAAUCCUCAGCGCAUCACCAUUUUUCGCCGAAAAGUGCGUCACCCAAACCCCCUCCCCUCCCUCUCGCGCAAAUCCGCAUAUCCAAACACCUGGCAAGCACAUCGCUCUUCCAGAUGAAAUUCCCGAGGUCCUAUCCUGUGUUUUGGAGUACCUAUACAAAGGUGAUUACUAUCCCCGUCUGCGCCACAAUCCGCGACGGAAGGCAUGGGAGCUUGAAGGAGAUUCGGAGAGAGAUGGAGAGAGUGCUGGUGCAACUGUUUGGCAUCAGGGACUUGGGGAGACGAUAUUGAGAGAUACGGCUAUUUACUGUGCUGCGGAGAAAUUUAACCUCCCAUCUCUCCAACGUCUUGCACUUCGCAAACAAGGUCUUCAUAUCGGUAUAACCGUGAACACCAUUCUUGCGAGUGCGCGAUACGCAUAUGCGAAUACACCGGAUACUGAGUCCAAGCUACGAGCGCAUUACCUUGCACUCAUUAUUCGGUGUCGGGGAACGUUUAAGAGAAGUGGGACGAUGCAGAUGGAGAUGGAACGGGGUGGGAAGUUAUUCUUUGAUCUAUUUGUUGCGAUGUGUAAUCAGAUGGAUGAGGACUUUCCCGAGACUUUGUCGGCUUGUAGUUCUGCUGCGACCCAAAGGGAGUGA